AUGGAUGAUGAAAUUACUAUUAUAAAUCCAAGGAAUUCAAAUAGAUUCAGCACGAUCAAAAUUAUUAACGAAGAGGUUCAAGAUGCUCAAACACACAAUGAUUUAAAUAAUGCACCGACUUACGAAUAUGAUACUCUUUAUGAAAAUCAACGAGGGUUAUUUUUAUUUGGUUUACCAAAGUUCAGUUCUAAUGCGCUGAAUCCAGCUGAUCCUCAACCUUGGUGCGACAAAAAUUAUAA